GUCCUUUUAAACAGACACACAUGUUAGGCAUGAUCGAAGAACAAACAUAUAUGCAUAGUUUUGCCUCCUAUCUUUAUAUAGGAGCUUUGUUUUUAUGUAGAGAAUAUCGAUAGUUCUCAUUGAUUUCUGUAUCGCAUAACGUGACUGCCUUGUUGUAGUAGUAGUAGUAGUAUGCUAUCCUUAUAACCACUUAAGUCUGUUUUAGUCAAGAGUACAUAACCUGUUAAUGUGACCAUUUUUUCUCCAGUUUACUUACGAAUGAGACUGAUAAAUGCAUUCACACAGUCAAUAAGGGAUGGAUUUAUUCGUGAUUAUUUUUUAUUCAAGGAAUUAGUUCCUGUUAUUUCCUGUGAGUUGUAUCAAAACUUUGCAAACAACAUCAAGAUUUUACCAAUAUUCAUGUUCCGGAGACACUAACUGGAUGGAUAAAGAAAUUUUUCUAAAACCAAUGAACUCUUCAUCACAUCUGGAAGUUGUAACUUAAUGAUUUUAGGCUUUCUUAAUAGGAUUUCAACUUUAAUUAGUGAUUGUGUUUCAAAAAAGAGUCAACACAUGCUCUCUGAAUGUGAUGUUCAAACCUCACCUCAUUAUCAAACUAUUUCAAACAUUAUACAGUAUAAAGUAAUAUCAAGUUAUUCGGCUACAUAUAAAUUUGUCUGUGGAGUUACAGUUUCUCACGCCGCUUACCUUUUUCACUUACUACACAGCUAUUGGUCAUUGAUAUAUGCACCGAAAAUCUUCAAAGGAGUCUGUUUAACACGUCUUUAUUUGCUUUUUGCGGGUGUUUUGUCAGAAUUGUGUAGUAACAGGGAUAUAUUCCAACCUUUAGCAAGUUUAUCGGAAUUUCCUCCAGUGACAAUUUUUAAUACAGACCCUGGAAAUGGUAAUCAUCAGAAGACAUACAAGCUGAUUAUUCGUCAACUCCACUUACAAUUUACUCUAUCUGAAAAUUCGAAAGGUGAAAAUUCUCUUCAUUCUCUCAUCAAUUUUUCCGAAACUCUUUCAAAUUUACUGCACCAAUCCGUAGUUUCACUCCAUGCUGCAUAUCUCCCGGUAACAGUAACUGAUAGCAUAUACAGUUCUUCUGAAACAAAAUCGAUAUAUGAGUUUGUUAUGAAGAAGUAUUGGUUUCGGUAUUUAGUCAAUAAGUCACAUUUUAUUCCCUAUGUGCCUUGUAUAAUUCAUCCGGAGUAUUCCUCGAAUGUAAAUAGUUGCACACCCUGCAUUCAUACUAACAAAGCUACACACGUUUCUUUCAGUAUUACUGAAAAUAACACUCAAAAUAUGACCGCUCAUCAGCACAAAAGUGAGAGGUCUUUCUAUACUCCAAAUUCCAACCAGGAAUUGUCAAAACACCGUUCUUAUGCAUUAGUAUCAGCCAAUUCAUCAAUACAUCCCCCAUUAUUAAACGACAACUUGUCAAUUCCACCAAGACGCCAAAACUCAACAUCUUCAGAAACCGACGAAAUAAGUUCCCAGCAGGUCGGUCAUUUGUUUUCGGAUAGCCCUCGUGUCGCAUACGGUUCUCACAAUGUCCCCCGGAUACACUUUAAACGUCAUAUUCAGAAUUUAAAAUAUGGUACCAAUGCAACGGCUUUUUCUCCCUAUAUGUUUCCUGAAAUCUUGGAUUCUGAUGAUUUAUGUCGAAAUCACCAAUGUCAGCAAAGCUGUUGUUGUUGUUGUUGUUGUUCUAGUAUAAGUUUUAAAACUCCUUUUAGACAGCACACAUGUACCACUCCACAACAUGAGGUUUGGGAUCCUCAUAUCAACUGCUAUGAAUCUACUUUUCCAUACUGUUAUCACAUGGCUCCAUUUUACUGUAGAGGUAUUAUUCCUUCAAGGAUGAGGUGUUCUGGAUUUUGUCGGCUUUUGCAUCAUGCUGGCGUAGAUCGUUUUCCCCAACCAACAUAUGAUACCGAUUCUUCUUUCGGAGUUUUUGUUGAUAUGACAAACCAAAAUGUCUCUAUAUUUGUUGAACGUCUUCCACCAAUUGAUAACGACAACACUGACAAUAUUGGAUCUAAGCUUUCCGGAAGUUUACCUUGUUCCAAUUGUUAUGAAUCCAGUGGCUUCACGAAAUGUAUAAAAACGUGUAAAAGAAAUACGAAGAUCUGGAUUCAUUUUUACGCUGCAUGAACAAUGGAAUGAAUGAUUCAUGCCAAAUUAGUUGCCGAAAUGCUUGCUCAUCACUGUUAGAAUAUGAACAAACCGCUUCCCAUAGAGAAUUCGCAUGCACUAGAUGUCAACUAUCGUCUUCACUCUAUUCUUGUCCGAGUGACUUAUAUAUCAUUAAAGAGGGUUUACGUGAUGCGACCUGUAGGUUUUGUCGUAGUCAUUAUUUGCAUCCAAAAUACUACUCAGGAUUUAGGCUUUGUCAUGUAUGUAAAACAUGUGAGUUAAAACAUUCACUGAGAAAUCAUAAUAAGAAUAUUUGUAUAUUUCGUAAUUCGGCAGUCAGUUAUUCUGGUGAAUUGUGUCGUGUCUGCUCUAAGAAAAGUUACAUAUGCAGUGACAAAUUAAAUGAUCUACUGUUCAAAUCGUAUACUUGCUCGGCAUUAGCGUCCACACCUCAAUGGGUAUAUAUUCCUGAACCGAUACGCCUCCCUAGAAACCGUGAUGUAUGCAAUGCUUUGCGCACUUGUCUUGUUCCUUAUGAUCAGUUGAGAAACUGUAAGUGAUUUGAGUGAAUCUGUUAACUUCAGUAUUUAUUUAUAACUUGUAAAAAACAAACCCACAAAGUUUUGGCCAUAGCAUAUGAUUACAUCUCACUAUAUAUAUAUAUAUAUAUAUAU